AUGGCAGACAAAGAGACGACACGUCUAUGUAUACAAAUUAUCCGGGAUCACUUCGGUUCAGUUACAUCGCGCGUGGCAGCCGAACUCUUGGGCAGAGGGCGCUUACGACUAGCUGACAUCUUACGCGCGACCCGCAUGCGGCCAAAAGUUAUUGCUAACGCACUCCUCGUUCUCAUUCAACAUAACAUUGUGUGGUACUGUGAACCAGAAGCGGUUGGACAGCAGUUUGAGAUAAACUGGAACGAAAUCCUGCACCGCUUACGCUUUGGGAGAUACCUUUCGGUCGCCAGGGAGCUAUUCAACGAAGAGGGUUACGACAUUGUCCACCUUGUCAUGCACCAUGGGAAGGUCAGAGCAGGCGAUGUAGUACCAUACUUUGCAGAACCCACUGACAUGAAACGACAACCAAGAUACCGCAAUGCCCUCAUAUCUCUUCUAAAUUCACAAUAUCUCAAACCUACCGCUCCUGUCCUUCAAACUUCCCCGGGAGAUCGUUAUCUUCACUAUCAAAAGGAUGCAGAACGAAGGAAAGCUUCGGCUCCGAAUGCCAAGAAGGGGACGAUCAGUGCAAAGGAUCGAAUGGAAAUUAAUCAAGAGGCUUCAAAACGCCUGCGAGAUGAAGUAAGAUCGAUAGAAAGGGGCGGAUUCAAACGUAGAGCCAAUGAUUUAAGCAUCAAAGAAUCGAAAGGCGUUAAUGAGGAAGCCUGUUUACGCCUGAACGCGUCUAAAUUUGACAUCCAUAUCCGUAAUCAUCUUAUCGUCGCAUCCGCCGCAGAACGAUAUAAUGCGUCCGCUGGCGUUGUGAUGCGCUCAAUUUUAUCUGCCGCCGCAAUGUCUGAGUCCACCUGCACGGAUGUGCGGAGUGAACCUUUCAGCGUGCAGAUGGUAUUGCAAAGUCUCCCGGCAAGUAGCACAUUGAAUGGGAUUGCGAUAAAAGUCAAAGGGACAUCGGAACAGAUACGAGCUGCUUAUGCAAAAGAAUAUAUAAAUGUCCUUUGCGCAACCGACAAUCCCACCACGGCAGGACAUGCGUCCGCGUUCGCUGCUUUCACUGAUGGCGCGAAUUCAUCGUCCAUGUCCCAGCGCCGAAUCCAAGUUGAAUACGAGAUGAUUGCCAAGUUAAUGAGAAAAGAUGUGUAUUUGACUUUCGUACGACAAGCAUAUGGCAGUUAUGCCGUGCGGAUUGUCAAUAUACUUCUGGAAAAGGGAAAAACUGAUGAAAAGGCGAUCGCUCGAUCUGCCAUGUUGUCACCAAAAGACGUCCAGUCAUUAUUACCAAAACUCUCGAGCUCCGCUCUCAUCUCCCUUCAAGAGGUUCCGAGAUCCAGUGAACGAUCUGCUUCAAAAACAAUUUACCUUUGGUUCGUUUGUGGAUCCACUAAACACUUAUUCAACUCUCUUAAAGUCCCUUAUAAAUCACUUACGAACAUGCACAUCCGCCUUUUUACCGAGUCUUCAACGCCCACUAUAUCUGCUCUCCUCGAGAAGCGCGAACGGAGCGACGUACGAGGUCGGGAGGAGGAACUGAUGACCCGCGAUGAACGAGAAGCACUGCAGGAAUAUGAGCGAAAGAAGGAGAGGUUACGAGUGUUAAUGGGGCGGGUGGACGAGAGUGUCUUUGUGAUGAAGGAUUUCUGUCCCACGGCUGGGGUUGGUGUGGAAGGCUUGUAA